AUCAGACCCAGACCUUCUUAACUUCAGAAAGGUGGUAGCCCCAUGUACUUUCAGACCAUAUGCUGUGAUAGGUAUUGGAAGGAAAAUGUUCGAAGCUGGCACUGCUACUGCAUUUUGCUAACAGAUUUCAUGGCCCUGUGCCUCAAUUUCAUCAUCUAUCAAUCAAACAAGAAAAUAGUAUUUAUCUAUCCUUCACAAAGCUUUUCUCGUUAAUGCUCAUGAAGUUCUCUGAAGGAUGAAUACUCUGUAUGCAGGACAGAAAAGUGAUAUUUAUGUUGGAAACAAUGGGCAUGAAGAAUAUAAUUAGUUUUAAAAAAUGAAGUGGAGAAAAAAACGGAUGCUUCAGUUGUAACCUGUUGGUGCCAGAUAUGGGAAAAGCCAAAAUUGGUGAAAAUUGGUGAAGUGUCACUUAUGAAGACUUCAUAAAAGGAACGUUACUGCAGAACAUCCCAGUGCAAGCAACAAAUCAAGUGAAUGAAAGAUUAAAGCUAAGUAGGAUCAAGCUAGAGAAAGUUCCUGAUUUCCUUUUAACUCCUCACUAAGUUUAAAGGAGAUUGAUCUGCAACUCAACGUUUUGCCCAUUGGUCUAAUGAGAAGUUGUUCUUGGAAUCAUUCUGUGGGACCAAUCAUACUGUAUCUACACAUUACUAUGGGACUCCUUUAACUCUGGGGGCUUUGAAGUUUGCAAUUUGGAAAUUUCUGAAUUUUCUCUACUGGACUUUCUGCAAGCAACUUCUUCAUUUAUGUCUUGCUGAAUGCAUUGGACUUUGGAAAUUAUUAUGUUAAGAAGAUAUAUGAUAUAUUCUAUUGGCAUACAUGGUGUUAUGUUCCUUUCAGUUAUUGUUUAAAUAUAUAUAUAUAUAUAUAUAUAUAUAUAUAUAUAACAAACAUUGUAAUUGUGUUUGCAGUAUUCGUUUCAACGAGCCCCAUAGGACCCAAGAAAGAGGUUGAUUGGGGGACCAGGAAGAACCUCUAUGGUAGCUCAGAUUACACCUCAGCAUCAGGAACCUUUGGCACUCUUCAGUGGUCCCCGAUGAUCACACAAGCUAUGGGGAAAUUGAAGAAGAAAGAGGAGGCUGUCUUUCUGAGGAAGAAGAUCACCCUCUUGAGAGCUUUCUCGCUCCUCAUUGGCACUAUGGUGGGCAGCGGUAUAUUCAUCUCUCCCACAGGGGUGCUGAAAAACUCUGGCAACGUGGGCCUCUCCUUAGUCGUCUGGUUUGCCUGUGGGAUUCUCUCUAUGUUUGGUGCUUUGAGUUAUGCUGAACUUGGCACACGGAUCACCAAGUCUGGAGGACAUUACAUCUAUAUCUUGGAAACCCUGGGCCCUCUGCCAGGCUUCUUGUUCCUGUGGGCUGAAUACUUUGCUAUUAGGCCAGCCAACAGUGCAGUAGUUGCACUGGCAUUUGGACGCUACAUAUUGGAACCUUUUUUUGCUCCCUGUGCAGCGCCACUUCUGGCUGUGAAACUUGUUGCUCUCCUUGGCUACUACAUUGUCCUUAUCUUGAACUCUUGGAGUGUCAGCUGGAGUGCCAAGCUACAGACCAUCUUGUCCAUUGUCAAGCUGGUAGCUCUCACUCUCAUCAUUGUCCCAGGGAUGAUGCUUUUAGCUCAAGGCCAUACAGAAAAUUUCCAGGAUGCUUUCAAUGAUCAGACACUCGUUUUGGACAAGCUACCUUUGGCUUUUUAUGCAGGGAUGUUUGCCUAUUCAGGAUGGUUUCAAACUAGUUUUGUGCGAGAAGAGCUAGUGAAGCCAGAACGAAACAUCCCUCUGGCAGUGAUUGUGUCAGUGAUCACUGUGAUUGUGGGUUACAUGCUUACUAAUGUUUCCUAUUACACUGUACUGACAGCAACAGACGUCUUGGCCUCCCAAGCAGUAGCUGUGAGUUUUGCACGCAAAGCUUUCCGGAGCCUUAUCUCAGUGGUCCCUGUCCUGGUUUCCUUGUCUUGUUUUGGAACCAUGAAUGGAGGAAUCUUCACAUUUUCAAGGACACUGUUUGUGGCUUCCAGGGAAGGGCAAUGGCCACCCCUCUUCUCCAUGAUCCAUAUCCAAAGGCAUACACCCCUGCCAGCUGUCAUGUUGAUGUUCCCUUUGGUCACAGCCAUGAUUUGCGUGGGAGAUCUCUACCACCUGCUGAACUUCUUCAGCUUCUCCCGUUGGCUCUUCAUAGGAUUAGCUACUCUUGGGCUUAUAGUUCAUCGCUGCCGUCAUCCUGAGAUAUCAAGCCCAUUCAAGGUUCCUCUCUUCAUUCCUGUUUCCUUUACAAUCAUCUGCCUUUUUACAGUGGGGAUGUCUUUCUACUCAGACCCAAUCAAUAUCAGCAUCGGCUGUGCCAUGGUUUUAAGUGGUUUUCCAGUUUACUAUUUGCUCAUCAACAGGUCAAUGCCAGAGUGUUGCUGUACCACAUUCUAUUAUCUUACAUGGAAGCUUCAGAUUCUCAUGAAGGUGGUGCAACAAGAGGUCAGGACUUACUGAGAAGCAUUACAAGGGUGGGCGAGGGGAAACCGGAUGCAUGUACUUCAAAGCUCUGGUUUUGUGCAGAUUUCUCCUAGCUUACAUUUAAUGCAUGCUCAUGAAUCAGAGCAUAUCUGCACUGGAGCAUGUGCUGCUUCCGGUUUAGUAUUUUAACACCAGAUGGAAUGUUCCUGAAAAAUCAAGGGCACAGGAAACCCUUUGUUGAGUCACACCUUUGAUUGUGUGAGAAGUAGCCCAUGCUGAUCUUCAUACCAUCCUCAUCUGCCAUGCAGAUGGAUAUGACUGCAUCUGGCCCCUGAAGAAAGGCAACUUUCUGAAUGCUGGCUGUGUAGAGGCAAUAGUUAUUUUAGAUGCUGAAGUGGUAUUGCUGAUCUGUUAUUAGUGAAGUUACAUCAUUCGACUCAGAGUUUGGUUUGACCGGUGUACCUUGGCCAAUGAUUUUUUUUAUGUUCUCCAAGAUGGACUCUAGAAAACUAAAAUAAGCCUUGCUGCAGAAGAUGUGUGUGUAUUUUGGUGUGACUAUCAUGGGCACCUUUGGAAUGGCAAGGAAGUGCUUCCCAAAUCUGGAGUGGUUUUGAACCUUCUGAACUUUUAAAAAAAGUUAUUGUUGUUGUGUAAAAAGGUGGAUAUAUAUAUAUCAAAGUGAUCCUCUAACCUUUUGCAAAGGAAAAUUUCCAUUGGGUGAAAUUGACUGAACCAGAUGUGGCUUUCAGUCUGGCAAUCUGGUGUAGCCAAUUUCACACCACUUUUGAAGUAUAUAGUACUGGUACAAUUAGGAAUAUGGAUCAUAUUAUAUUCCCAUGGGUGGUCCUUUCUGUCUUCAGUUAUUCUUACUAAUGCUCAAUAAAGACUAGUGCUGUUAUAUCGGUUAGGGGCAAAUUACCCCCAUUGAUGCAGUGGAAAGAUAAUCUGUACACAGCCAUAGUAGUUAUGAUCCAGCAGAACAACAGGAACACAAACAAACAUGCUACAACAUGUAGCAUGUGCAGCGGGCGUGGUCACUUCUGUACCACACCAUUUACAUGGAAAUAAAUUCCACUGAAAACAGAGGGACUUUCUUCUCUGGAUAACAUGAUUAGGAUUGGGGUGUUAAAGAGCUAAAUGCAUGGCUUUGCAAGAUGGACUAAGAGCACACUGUAAAUUGUGUGUGUGUGUGUCCGUGCAUGUGAAAUCAUAGCUGUAGUGUUCGUUUUGCAUCAUACAAUGCAAUGUGAGAGGGUCAUGAACCAAAACCCUGGGUUCAGCACUGCCAGCCAUCAGAAACCAAAAUGAGCAGGUCAGAUGCAACACAGUGCAUACAUGGAUCCAUGUAAGAACAACAAAAAGCAAAUAAUGCAUGUAUCAACUCAUGCAAUGUCAGAUAUGCUUCUUUUAUUGUGUUUAAGAAGCUUUACUCUUCUGCAACAGUCCUGCCCAAAAUCACCCCACUCUGUGUUUGCUAUUAGCUCUGGUAUGAAAGCCUCCAUUGGUGCUAAUGGGAGCUUUCCAUUGGCGGUUAAUAGCAGGUCCCCUGAAUCUUUGGAGCAGAUCUUGAGAGUAUGCAGCAGUCUGUAGUGGGGAGGAGAGGAAGAAAAAGUCCCAUUGCACAAGUGGAAGUCUGUUCUGUUUAUGCAGGGUCAGCACCGGAUACAAUCCGGUCAGAUUCGUUCCGACUUAGAUGCCAAUAUUUAUGCAGUCUCUAGGGAUGUACCUUUGGAUUCUGUUUGUCCUGGAUUCUUUUCAGCUUGUUCACCCCGGAGAUAUAGAUAAGCUUCUUGGGGCAAUGAGAUCUACUACUUGCCGGCUUGAUCCUUGUCCUUCCUGGAUCAUAAAGCAGGCCAGAGGGGGACUGGCUAAUUGGGUUUGGGGGGUGGUUAAUGCCUCUCUCCAACAAGGCUGCUUGCCUGGAUGUCUAAAAGAGGCCAUUGUUAGACCAUUAUUAAAGAAAUCUUCUUUAGACCCCCUCUGUUUAGACAAUUUUCGCCCAGUUUCCAAUCUCCCAUUCCUAAGUAAAAUCAUGGAGCGAGUAGUUGCCUCACAACUCCAACGUUUUUUGGAUGAAACGGAUUAUUAUGAUCCACUCCAAUCUGGUUUCAGGCCUGGCCACGGGACUGAAAUGGCCUUAGUGGCCUUAGUUGAUGACCUCCGUAGGGAACUAGACAGGGGGAGUGUGUCCCUGUUGGUUCUCCUCGAUCUCUCAGCGGCUUUUGAUACCAUCGACCAUGGCAUCCUCCGGGACCGUCUCUCUGGGAUGGGAUUGCAAGGUACUGUUUUGCAGUGGCUUUGCUCCUUCCUGGAUGGUAGGACUCAGAUGGUUGUACUCGGUGAUUUCUGCUCGGACCCCUGGUCCCUAACAUGUGGGGUCCCUCAGCGUUCGGUGUUGUCCCUGAUGUUAUUUAAUAUCUAUAUGAAGCCACUGGGCGAGGUCAUCCGGAGGUUUGGAAUUCGUUACCAUCAAUAUGCUGAUGAUACCCAGCUUUACUUUUCCUUCCCUCCAGAUGCUAGGGAAGCCGUUCAGCCCCUAAACCAAUGCCUGACUGCAGUGAUGGACUGGAUGAAGGUGAAUAAGCUGAAAUUAAAUCCAGACAAAACAGAAGUGCUCCUUGUUAGUCGUAAGACUGAUCGGGACAUAGGGAAUUUACCAAUGUUGGAUGGGGUUGCACUCCCCCUGAAGACUCAGGUUCGCAGUUUGGGGGUGCUUCUGGAUUCGGUCUUGAACCUAGAGGCCCAGGUUUCGGCGGUCUCCAGGAGCGCUUUUGCCCAGUUACGACUGGUCCGCCAAUUGCGCCCGUUUCUGGAGACUCUGACUUGACAAAGGUAACACAUGCCUUAGUUACAUCCCGGUUAGACUACUGCAACGCACUCUACGUGGGGCUGCCUUUGAAAACAGCUUGGAAGCCUAAAUUGGUUCAGAGAGCGGCAGCUAGGAUGUUAACAGGAGCUGGCAUACGAGCCCAUACAACUCCUCUUCUACAACAACUACACUGGCUGCCGAUCUGCUUCCGAGCCCAAUUCAAAGUGCUGGUCUUAACCUUUAAAGCCUUACACGGCUUGGGCCCUCUCUAUUUAUCUGGUCGUAUGUCUUUUUAUGAACCCUCCCGACCCUUGAGGUCUUCUGUUGAUCCUCCUCUUAUGAUCCCCCCAACUUCCCAAGCUCAUCUGAUGGGAACUAGAUCUAGGGACUUUUCUGUUAUUGCCCCCAGGCUGUGGAAUUUCUUACCGUUAGAAGUGCGGUUAUCUCCUUCUCUUAUUGCAUUCCGUCGCCAGGUUAAGACGUUCCUAUUUCGCCAAGCAUUUAAUUUAAAUGAUGUUUAGGAUGUCUUUUAAUUAUUGACAGGUCCUGCUGUGAUUAUGUUUAUUUUAAAAUUGUUUUUAUUGCUCAUUUUAACCUUUGUGUAUGAUUGUUCUUUGUUCGCCGCUCUGAGUCUUCGGAAAUAGAGCGGGUUAUAAAUGUUUUAAAUAAAUAAAUAAUAAAUAAUCCAGGUUGCUUUUUAUUGAGCAUUCAUCCUGAUUUGUUUGCACAACGUUUGCAUGGAGCUUAGAUGAUGUUGGCUAUUUAUUGAGCAUUCAUUGUGGUCUGUUCAUGGGAAAGUUUAUACGGAGAUUAGAUGUGUCAAGUGUCUAGUGCAUUUCUCCAUUGCUUUCCUGAUUGCAAAGUCCAAUCAGGCGCAAGAACGCCAAAUCUACUUUAUUGUCCUACCUGAACUUGUUGGUAUGUAAUUGAAUCCCACCAGAAAAUAGUGACAGUCUGGAAGCACCCCCAGUCAGAUUUUCUUCUGAGUAAAUGUGCAUAUGAUUGGGUACAUGAUGCUAAAUGGUCCUCAUUAGCCACAUGAAAUAGGCAGGCAAAUUGGAGCAUAUUUAGUUGUGGUUUUCUAAAUUGUGUCAUGUAUGCUUCUUUCCAUCAGCAAAGAAAACCUUAGUAGCUAGUGAUUACACAUAUGCUGAGUUAUACAGUAGCUGUUGAGAUAUAACAUUUUGUAUAAAAUGGAAGAUGGGAAUUGAAGCAGAUGUUGAAUUUCCCAUUUUAGUUUGCUGGACAGGGAAUGAACACAAGGCAUGAAACAUUUUGUAUAUAUUUAAGGGUAAAACCUCAAUCCCAUCCAAGUUGCAUGGAAGAUUUGUUAUUAAGAAUAAAGUUAAAUUAGGUCCCAAACCUAAGCAGUAUUUUAAACAUUUUUAUACACUCAGUGAAUCAUAAUUAAAUAUAUCAUUAAAGGGUUUGAAAUAAAGUACAGUUUUCAGAAAUUA